AUGAGCAACAACAGAGUCGGUGCAUUGGAUAACAGAGGAACUGAGUUUAUGGUUGCAUUUAUGGACAACAAGAUUCUAGAAAACAAAGACAUUCAACCAGAGAUAUUUGUUACUACGGCUAAAAAUAAACUAGUUCAUGUAACGAUUACCGGGGCUCCGAAUUCUCAGCUUCACCAAACAUUCACUGUUACCCGUGGUCAAGUACAUCAUGCUGCUUUUGACACAAGUUAUCGUCUGGUCCAAACAGAAUUGGCCAGGAAAGCUAUAUUGAUCCAAGCUGAUGAUGAGAUUGUUGUCUAUGGGGUCAACCGAGAGGUAUAUUCAGAUGAUGCUUAUCUCGCUUUGCCUACGGAUGUCUUAGGUAAAGAAUAUUAUACACUUUCGUAUUCCCCAUCUUACUACUACUGCUUAUUUGCUGUUAUUGGUAUUCAGGAUAAUACACAUGUCUCCAUUCGACUACCAAACACACCGAACCUUAAUAUAACUUUAAAAGGUCACACAUACAAGAAGAAUCAGUGGAUUAAUGUAACAUUGGACAGGUUCAGUACACUUGAAAUUCAUGCUAUUCCAGAUCUAACUGGAUCUUAUGUUGUAUCAAAUAAACCAGUAGGAGUUCUGAGUGGAAACAAAAAAGCAGUGGUUGGUUCAACUGGAAACUCGCGUGAUCAUCUAGUUGAAAUGUUAUUACCAAUAUCUUCGUGGGGCAAGAACUAUGCAACCGUGCCUAUCCCUGAAAGAAAUGUUGGAGAUAUAUUCCGGUUUUUAUCAAGUGAAGACAAUACACAUGUAAAUAUUACUGGCGUUAUCAACGGCAAACCGUUUCUUGAUACUCUUACUAUUCCCAAAGCUGGCCAGUAUGUACAAAAACAGUAUGACUCUGCUCUCUAUUCACAUAUCGUAUCUGAUAAACCUAUAUCUCUUUUCCAGUUUUCUAAGACACAAGGAAGUGGUGACCUUGCAGAUCCAGCCAUGAUCAUAGUUCCACCAAUUGAACAAUAUGCUGCAGAUUACACGUUCACCACGCCUAAAUACUCUAAAGGAGACUACACUAAUUAUUUCAUGUUUAUUGUUGAUUCAACUCAGAAAGCUGGGCUACGGUUGGAUAAUCAACCGCUUCCACAAAAUCAGCAUUAUGUAUCUAUUCCAGGAACAAAUUUAGUUGCUGGAUUUAUCAAAAUAUCGGUCGGCACACACUCUGUUAGUCACACAAAUCCUACGUCCGUCAUCGGAGCAAUACUAUUUGGGAAGGCAAAUCUUGAGUCGUAUGGGUUCCCUGUUGGACUGUUACUUACACCUGUGAAUACAGGUUGUCAAACACAAAAGAUGCAGUAUGGAGAUGAAAUAGAUAAUGACUGCGAUGGUGAAAUCGAUGAAGAAGAAUGUGAUAGAAAAGAUAACGAUGGUGAUGGGCGGAUUGAUGAAGACUGCACAUGUUGCGGAGAAUUACUGAAAAAUGGCUCCUGUCAGGGAAAUCCAGGACCAUGUGGAGCAGGAGCAGUAAUAUAUACUGAGAACCAUGCACCAAGAAACAAGCUUAAAAAGACCAGUAGCUAG